AUGGCUGCAUCGUAUCUUCCUCUGCCUGCAUCCUGUGAUAUGUAUUGUUUUUCGCAGGAUCAAGCUUCCAAUGACCAGUUUGGUUUUAAUAUAUGUUGGGCCAGGCUUCAUAGUCUUGGAUAUGGCAUUUCUAUAUCUGAAGACGGUGCCUGUGACUCAGAUGUAUCUGAAUUACUGGUGAAGCCAGUGCAGUUAGUAAGAGGAGAUGAGUUGUUAGACCAUGAAUUUGUCAAUAUUUUGCAUGCACUUCAGGUCAUCCAUUUCUAUUGUUGGCAAGGAUCUGCCUUAAAGACCAAGGCAUUGAAUGUGCACACGAACGUGCUAAAACUUUCAGAUAAGGACAAGGAGAAAAUCAACUGUCUGAAGUCUGUACUUUUGAAUGAUGAAGAUUUGGUAUUGAAGGUUUUUGGGAGUAUGCCUUUGGAAGAAAAUGGAGGCAUUUACUUUGACUGA